ACUGGGGUCCAAACUGAGCUCCUGUAAUCCAGUUUGGAGUGGUCGCUGAAGAUGCCACCAGUAGCAGCCUGUUCACAACAAAAACAAAGUGUUUUUUAGACUUUGGAGCAACGUUGCUUACUAGCUUUUUCUACCUCAGUUGUUUUAAAACUAAUAUCUAGCAUGUAGCUGUGAACAUGUGCAGAAAAAUCAGAAUCAACAUUUUACUGCCACACAGAUGUGUGGUACGCAGCAGGCAGUUCAUUUGGCUUUGAUGUUAAUCAAUGCAAAUCUACAUCAAUUGGAACCACGUGCCAGAACAAGGAGAUGCAAGAAUGGUUUUAAAAGUGACUAACGUGAAGACUUCAAGCAUCACCGUCGGAAACAACAAAUAGAAAGCAUUUAUGGAGUUUCAAAAUGACAUUUCCUAACCUGCUGAACGAAAGCAAUGAUGAAUUCACUUCGGACGAGGCGCUUAACUUGUCUUUAUCCAACGUCAGCAACACCUGUGUGGGCAUCACCCUGGACGCGCAAGUCAUCGGUGUGGGAAUCUUCCUGGCCGCUUUCAUUAUAGCGGCGAUCGUUGGAAACAUUUUGGUGAUCCUUUCGGUGCUGUGCAACAAACAUUUGCAGACGGUCACAAACUUCUUCAUCGUGAACCUGGCCAUAGCGGACCUGCUGCUGAGCAUCAUAGUCCUGCCUUUCUCCGCGUCUCUGGAGGUUUUCGGAUGCUGGGUGUUCGGGCGCAUCUUUUGCAACAUCUGGGCAGCGGUGGAUGUCCUGUGCUGCACGGCGUCUAUAUUAAGUUUGUGCAUCAUAUCCAUAGACAGGUACAUUGGGGUGAAAUAUUGCCUAAAAUACCCCACCAUCAUGACCGAACGGAAAGCUGGUGUCAUACUGGUGCUGCUCUGGGUUUCUUCCAUGGUUAUUUCAAUCGGACCCUUGUUGGGCUGGAAGGAGCCUCCACCUUUGGACGACAGCAUCUGCAGCAUCACGGAGGAACCGGGUUACGCGCUCUUCUCCUCGUUAUUCUCCUUCUACCUUCCGCUCAUGGUGAUUUUAGUUAUGUACAUUAGGGUGUAUAUCGUGGCCCGCAGGACUACUAAAAGUUUGGAAGCGGGUGUAAAACGCGAGAGGGACAAAUCUGUGGAGGUGGUGCUGCGGAUACACUGCCGGAGCGCGCCGGAGGACGCGGGCACCAGCUCGAAAAGCAAAAGCCAUCCGUUCAGAAGUUCACUGUCUGUCAGACUCAUGAAGUUCUCCAGGGAGAAGAAAGCUGCUAAAACCCUUGCCAUCGUCGUGGGGAUGUUCAUUCUUUGUUGGCUACCUUUUUUCUUCGUUUUGCCUUUGGGCUCCUUCUUCCCAGCUCUAAAGCCCUCAAAGAUGGUUUUCAAAGUAAUCUUUUGGCUGGGGUACUUCAACAGCUGCAUUAACCCAGUCAUUUACCCCUGCUCCAGCAAGGAGUUCCAGCGCGCCUUCACUCGGCUACUGCGCUGUCAGUGCCAGCGUCGCCAUCGGAUCCUGCGCCGUUUCUACGACCAACGCUGGAGGACGGCCAUGAGAGGAGACCCCCACCGGGACUUCUGCGCUGGAUUUCCCUUCCACGAGCAUUGCGAAAACUCUGUCUAUUCCUGCCAGACCAAGAGCCGGCCUCUUAGCCUGAAAGGUUGGAGCUUCUUUCCGCCGUUACAGAAGUCCUCCUUCCAGUUGAAGGAGAAAAUGAACAACCUUUCCAAUAAGAUCAAGAACGGGACGGGGAAGAGCGGCACGCCCGCUCUGAGCCGUACGGAGAUCGACACGGUCUCGAUGGGGAUCUAUAGCGACUGCGCCGAACAGAGCGGCUACCAAAUUUAUGACCUCACAGAGUGCUAUGGCCUGAAGGAAACAGACAUCUAAACAAAGACAGAGAUCGCUGUCUGUGUUCUCCGAGACAUUGACAUGCAUUGAAAUAUUUAGGAUAUGUUUUUAACAUUUUUGCUCACAAACUUACAUUCUAAGCAAAUCUGAGCUCAAAUGACAAUGUGUUCAUGGAGAUAAAUGUAUUUCACAUGGAUAAUUUAAGAAUGUUACUUUAUAGGCGUAAAAAGUACACUGAAUGCCAAAAUAAGAAAAAACGUAACUGCACUGGACCAGAUGUGCCAUCUUAUGGCAAAGAAAAUAGACUUAUGAUUGUUGGGUUUGUGUAUACUGUGUUGUCCAAAUGUCCUGAUAACCAGCAAGGCAACAUUUAAGUUAAAUGUUUUUGCAAAGAAUCGUGUGUUGGCCGUUAAGUAUGAACGGAAACGCAUUUAACUGUGACGUACUCUAUACAGACUGUUGAAUCCAUCACACUUAUUACUAUUGACAAAAUGAUUCACUGUGAUUAACAUAGUGAAGCUCACUUUUAAUUGAUUCAGAUGAUUUAUAAUUGAUUUGGGGAUACAUAACUUAAAUGUGAGGCACAAUUUGUUAUAGAUGUUUUUUAAAGGGUGGUUAAAGGAUUACUCCACUUUCAUAAAAAAUCCCAAUAAUUUACUCACCCUCAUGUCAUUCAAAUCUUUCUUCUUUAGAAAAAAAAAUGUUUUUUGAGGUAACCAUUCCAGGAUUUUUUCCAUAUAGUGGACUUUAGUGGACCUCAACGGUUUACAGUUUCAAUGCAGUUUAAAAUUGCCGUUUCAAUGCAGCUUCAAAGGGCUCUAAACAAUCACAACCGAGGCAUAAGGGUCUUAUCUAGCGAAACGAUCAUCAUUUUUGCUAAAACAAUAAAUAAAAUAGGGAUGUCCCGAUCCGAUAUGCUGGAUCGGUAUCAGGUCCGAUCCAGGCUUUUUUGGCUGGAUCGGACAUCGGAUCGAGGACCGAGAACAUGACCGAUCCAAUUCUGAUAUGUGCGUUAGCUGUGGUUGUUACUGACAAGCUAUUAAAAGGGCAACAUAUUAUAAAAGCACCAUAAACGUUUAUGCACUAUAAGUCUUUUAAUGCACUCAAUAGCUUCAUGUGAAGGAACAAACGCACAUUUAAAGAUCUUUAAGUUUACAGAAACACUGUAACUUACUCGCAAACUGAGUUAAUAAUCCACUGGUGAAGCGGAUGGAUGAAACGCGUCAUUCAAACACGCAAACACAAGAUAACUGCAGGCUUUAUUAAAGAUCUGAUUUUAUAAAGUCUCAGUAAGCCGUCGGAUGGAUGCAAUUCACUUUGUCUUGAGCACGAUGCAUCUAUUCUCUUUGUGUUUUACCGGUUAUAAACUUUCCAUUGCGGUGCGAGGAUUCCCAUGAGAGGAUGCUUCAAGGGCAUCAUUUCUGCACCCAGAAAGCCCAUAAACGACUAGAAAGCCCAGUAUAUGACUUAGGCGCAUCAAGUCUGCACCCGGAAUGUGCAUAAAAAGUCCGGUAAAGCGCAUAAUUCCCAAAAUAACCAUCUGCACACCAAAGCUUUUUUACUAUGACAGUUUUACGCAAUUAAGAAAAAUUAUUUAGCAUACUUAAUUGAUCAAACGUACCUAUUAUAUGUUCUCCUAAACACUGUCAUGAUUAAUAUUUACUAAUGUUUCCUGUAACUUGUAAAUCAUUUUAAAUUAUUGAUUUUAACAUUUAAAAUGAUACUAGAUGUAGCAGAAAGCUCUAUAAAAUUAAAUUUUCAGUAUCGGCUGAUAUACGGAAUUCUGGUAUCGGAUCGGAAAUGAAAAAGUGGGAUCGGGACAUCCCUAAAAUAAAAUAUGUACUUUUUAACCACAACUUCUCGUCUUGCACUAGCCAUGUGACCUUACAUAUUACGUAAAUACGUCAAAAUGUCACGCAUUCCAUAUGUGAAAUGCACACUUGCGGACCACUUUAAACAGUAAACUGACACAAAGACAUUAAUUAGUAUAAUUUCACAUACAACAUAUCAGAGCCGAUCCUAUACGCAGGGUAUGCAAGCUGCACUGAGCCCCGAACCACUAGGGGGCCCCCUUGCUUUUAACUUCAGGCAGCGCUGCACAGACCAACUGACCUGUUAACAUUUUAAAACAAAGCACAUUACAUCUAAAGUUUGCAUAUUUCGGGAAUUAUUGAUGUAUUUUGGUAUGUUUCCCACUGGAGUAAACUAUAUUGAUCAUGCCGUAGGAAUGGUCCUCUUUCUCCACACUUGUAAACACUGGAGCUAUGAUUGACUUUUCGACGUGAUUACGUAAUGCGUAAGGUCAAGCUGGCGCAUCACGCGACUAGGGCAAGACGAGAAGUUGUGGUUUAAAAGUACUAUUUUUUGCAAAAAUGACAAUGGUUUUGCUAGAUAAAACCCUUAUGCUUCGGUUGGGAUCGUUUAGAGCCCUUUGAAGCUGCACUGAAACUGUAAACUGUUGAGGUCCACUUAGUGUGGAGAAAAAUCCUGGAUUGUUUCUCGAAAAACUUCAAUUCUUCGCGACUGAACAAAGAAAGACAUAAACAUCUUGAUUGACAUUGGGGUUAGUAAAUUAUCAGAUUUUUUUAUAAAAGUGGAAUAUUCCUUUAAAUACUGUGUGCUAUUUAUGAAUCUCCAUUGAGCUCCAAAAUAAUGACAUUUCAGUCAUUCACAAAAGGACCAACAGCUCCUCGUUCCUGGACUACAACUCAAUUUUUGUGUUGUUGAAAAAGAUUUGGGUUUCUUUGUAAUGCUGAUGUGAUCAUGUCUUUCAUUGUCAACUAUUAAGCAGAAUAAACCUGAACAAGAGCAUGCAGAAUCUUGAUCUCAUACAUUCAUAAAUCAAUUAAUCAUUUCAUGCAACAAACUCCUCGAGAUAUACCAAAUGCAAAGUAUUGUUAUGUGAG